AUAAAGGAGUCAGAGAAGGUGCUCCAGUACAUCCAAGACAAGUUUAAGGUCGCCCAGUUGGAAAAAUUAAAUCUGAAGAACCAGGCACUAAAGGUCCAGGAGAAGAAGCUCCAGCAGCAGCUUCAACAGAAAAAAGAGACGGGAAAAGCCGAGUACGAGGAAUUUUUCCAGGAGUACAGUGAGCAGAGAAUCGACAAAAAUCUGGAUGAACUUCAAGUCAACAGUUUGAAAGUACAACGUGUCCUCAGUUCACACAAGGAGAAGCUACAGAGUGUGACAUGGGAGUCUAAAGAGUUGAGCGAUGACAUCAACAACAGAAAGCAGAUGCUGGCAAAAAUUGAGGAGGAGAUACAGCAUGCUGAGGAGGAACGUUUAAAGGCAGAGGCCCUAAACCAGCACCUGCGCCGCCAGAUGUCAGAUUAUCAGGCUCCUGAUAUCACUGAGUACAUGCACGUCAAGGACAAAUACAAGAAGCUGCAGCAGAGCAUCCACACUUGGGAGAGGAAGGUUGGGAUUGCUGAGAUGGCCUUGAAGACCCACUCUAAAGCCUGGAGCAAACAGAGAGCCACUCUUACUCCUGCAAACAGUGCUGCAGCUGGAGUGAGGUCUGAAGACCAAAUCCCAGUAAAGCUCCCAUACAUAGCAGAACACAACAUAUAGAGAAGCAGAGAAUUGAAAGGCCUGCAGGAUUCAUUAAAGGAUGAAUGGUCUGAAUGGAAUGAAUGGGAUGAAUGGGUGAAGGAUGGAAACUUUGCUACAGCUGCAAAUGCCUUGUUUCAUAAUAUUACAGUUAGUCAACAUUUGAUGAGUUGUCAUAACAACUUUGAUUCUUUCUUGUAAUGUUUGUUGGGGAAUGUAGAGAGAAAACAAUGUGCUGUUGGCUUAGAGGUUCCUCAUCCUGUCCAUUUUUUUUAGUCAUACUUAUUAUGUAUCAUUGAAUGCCUUUUACCAUGCAUCAUUACAAAGAAUGAAUUGUGCUGAUGUUCUUUAAGUAACAGCCCAAAUACAAUAAAUAAUAAAAAUAACCUUAUACUACAAAGAUAGUAUACCAUGGUUACAGUGUAUUCAAUCCAAUACAUACAAGUACCCAUACUUCAUAUGUUUAAUGUCUAAUAUAUGUUUCUUUAUAUAUUUAAAAUGUGCAGAUUUCUGAGCUGAGGUUGAAGUUACUCAAUAUAAAAAGUGGGGAAAAAAUCCACCUCAGACUCGACAAACUAUUUUCUUUAUUAGAAAGAAAUCCUUGGAGGUAUAAGCCCUCAAAGAACUCUAAAUGUUAUGAUGUUACAUGCCAUAUAUACAGUUAUAUACAUAAAAGUGCAAUGUCACAAUGGGUAAGCUGUUUAUUUAUUAUUAAUUCUGUCAUAUAACUGUUUGGAAAAUGGCAUCAUUACUUAUUCAUGUGUCUUCUUCCUGCACUGCAUUUCUCAAAAACACAGCAUCUGACAUGAAAAUGCAACAGGACAGGAUGUCUGCAGUUCUUCUAAAACAUUUUCAAAGGCACUUUCACAAGUACAUACUACAGAUGUACAUAACACCACAGAGUAGCUUAACGCCUACAGAUGGCAUAACUGAGUCCUACUGUUGAUGAUGUUACAUAGUGACAAAAGCACACAUUUUAUACAACUGGCUUCAUACUGUAGGUGGGACACCUGCAUCUCUGGAUAUUUAUUCUACAUCACUUGUUCUAAAUUGAAGUCAUUUCAACCCAGAAACACAACGAAUAUAACAACAAAGAUUAUAAAAAUAAUGAAAGUUAGUAAUUCAGAAAUCAAUUAACUUUUGAUUAUUAUACACACAAUAUCUGUCAAGUCAAAGAUAGUGUAAACCUGCUGUUAGAGAGCAUUGCUAAUUCAUUGCAAACCAAAUCUCUUCUAAGUGUUAUUAUGCUAGUCAAACAUCCCCAGGACAUGCACCCAAUUCUGUUAUUUCUACAGUACAGAGGUUACUUUAAAAAGACACAUACAUAGGGGGUGCAGUCACACAGUUGGAACUCACUGGCACAUACAGUUUUAUGGGGCUAUUGCAUUUUGAAAUAAUCACUUGACCUGGACACAUUUGAGCUGACUGACACGGGCUGGUCAUUGCUGACUGUGUGAGACUUCCUCCUGUUCCACAUGUGCCGUUUUCCCUGUUGCCGCUGACAUCAGCCAUUUAAAGUGUCAUCUUCCACAAAUGCAGCAAGUCCGAAGAGGAAGCCUCAGCAUCAGUCAGAGAGCGACACAAAAACACACUGUUGGCA